AUGACAAUGACAACUUCAUUCCAAAGUUCCAAACCAAAACCAACGCCAAUUCCAUCUCGAAGACCCCCCAAGGAUCAAGCUGACGUAGUGGUAAGCUAACCAAAACAUGAUCGAUUAUAAUAUUAAUACGCAAAGGGAUACUGUAAUGGGUUUAUGACGAAUUCCGAACACUUUUUGAUAUGAUAAUACAUAGGGCUACUGUAGCGGUUAAAACUUUGCUAUUGGUCAGAAGGUGGUGGUUUUGAACGGGUUUUUGGAGUACAGCUUCAAGAGUUUUGUGGAAUUUUUAUGAAAUCAUCAUUUGAAGUAGUCUUUAGUUGGCUUGAAUCCAUCAAUCCUUGGAGUACGGUAGGAUAUUAUAGCCAACUUAUUUUGCUCACCAGUCUUCUAACGUGCCUCUUUUCACUGUAGAAGCUCAUAUGUACAGUAAUACUUCUGAUCGUGUCAACGUUUCAUAGCACAACAAUACCGUACAUUCAAGACUACAUAACUAAGCUCUUAUUAGAGAUAUCAAUAAGUUAUCAACUGAUACAUUGCUCAGUAACACAUUUUAUACAUUUCAUUAGUUGGUCACAUUUUGAUAUCUCUACAAGCAACUGAGAUAUAUUGUUUUGAGUAAACAGUACUCGGAUACCAUUCUAUUCCAGACAACUGAUCUCCUGAACCUGACUUUCCAGUCCCCUUCGGGCCGUAAUCCUUAAUGGCCCCCAAAAUCAGCUUUUAUGUCGCAAACAAAACCAUUUUUUCUCGUCUUCCUUCUCGCCAAUAUCUUCUCCUUUCCGUUUCACAUCGUAUCCGUCUUCCUCGUCGAUUUUCAACCCGAUCUCGUAUCGAUAAUCUCCGAUCUGAUGACGACGGAAGUUCACCUUUCCGAUCAAGUUUCGUCGCCUUCCGAACCCUUUCGUACCGUAUCCCUAUCAUCUUCUUUUUGGCUGGCUGCCUGGCUGGUCAGACAUGUACAAAGAAAUGGAAACGAAAAAUGGGAAGGAGAAGUUUAGCGAGGCUAUUUUUAGGUCAACAAAACCACCACCAAGCACCACUUCUCGCCCCUUAUCAGUUUGUUUCUUUCGCACAAAAAUAGGCGCCUCAAAGCUAUUUUCGAUCACAAAAGACGCCCCGGGUUCAUGGAGCCAUUGCCCCGUUAUCAAUGGACGCGAUUCUCCGAGACAGAGAGAGAGAAACCAUUCUAUUUUCAGCAUUCUAUUUUUGGUCACUCUUCGGCAGAAAUGACGUGACACAUGAGUGAUAAAGAGAGACAAUUGGAGUCGAAUUUCAGGUGAUGAAGUUGAGGUCUUCGGGAGAAUGGGAAGAGAUCGAGGCGGCGAGUGUGGAGAGGAAAAAGGUGAGAUAUUGUCGAAUAAAGAUUUUGAUUCGUCUUGUUUCAUUGUGUUCUCGGGCAUGUCCUUUUGGUUGCAGACUUUCAGAUCUUCUUUUUCGUAAUCCCUUUUGUGCAGAUACACGAUUACUUACUUCCGACGCCUUCUCGUGACGCCUUCAAGUUCACAUUCCUCUUCUGCGACCCCUUCGCUCUUAUCAACUAUCAACUCUGA